CUUGCGCCUGCGCAGUAGGCGCAACUUGUUGGGCGGGGUUGUGGUGGAGUAAUCAAUUUGUUUUCCUUCGUUUUUGUUUGUCUGUUUGUUUGUUUCUUUGUUUGAUUUUCUCAACAAAGAAAGCGUCAACAAGUGACACGGAAUCAGACAAGAAGCGGCUGAUUGCUUCCAUAAUUGUAACUUUUUCAAAACGGCGUUCAACGAUGUUCGACAAAACCAUAAAGGACUUCCACAUUAAUUUCAACGCUUUGAACGGAAAGAAGACUUUUUCCAGCGGAGACCUGGUGACGGGAGAGAUUUCCUUCGAGCUCUCCAAGGCGACAAAGAUUAGAUCGAUCACAAUGUGUCUGACGGGAAAGGUAGACGUCCACUGGUCCUCGGGAGGAGGCAAACAUAAAAGAACGUACCACGCCAAAAUGGACUUCUUUCAUCUGAAAAGCAUGAUUUUGCAAGAAGGAGCGGUUGGGGGCCCCGCCCAUCUUCCUCCUGGCAGGCAUGUGUAUCAAUAUACGUGUCAGAUCCCGCAAGGAGACUUCCCAUCCAGCUUCCGCGGGCGUCACGGACAAACGUGCUACAAGCUAACAGUGGGCAUCGACAGGCCGUGGCAUAUGUCAAAGGAUUUUGUGACAGAGUUGAACUUUGUGCACCACGUCGAUUCCAACCAGCCAGAGUUCAUGGCUCCCCUCUCAGGCUCCAACAGCAUGAGCGUGUGCUCCCUGAGUUGUGCCUCAGGUUCCAUCGCAAUGACGGCCAGCGUGGCAAAGAAAGGCUUCGUGCGAGGUGAAACGAUCAAGAUCGUUUGCUACUUCAGCAACGCUUCAUCUCGUACGGUGACUCCCAAGGCCAAGCUGAUGCAGAAGCAGCAAUACAAAAUGCCUCAAAGGGUCCAAAGACGCUUCUUAGUGAAAAACCUGGACUCUGUGACCGGGCUGCCCAUCAGCGCUCACACCUCAGACGCGCACACUGAGAUGAUGCUCACCGUUCCCGCUGAAUCGUCACUCACCAUCUCCAACUGCAGCCUCCUGCGGGUUGAAUACGAGAUCGAGCUGAGCCUCUGUCUAAGAGCCUCCUCGAACCUCACCCUGCUGUUUCCAAUAGUCCUUUGUGACAUCCCUUUACAUCCACCCAGUGCUUUUGUGGUUUGGGCAGCAGGAAAAGCGACAGGACUUCUAUUGCAAAUCAUGCAGAGCACAGUGAAGAGCCUUAAAGUCACUUACGACGAUGUCAGCGAGAAAAAUACGUUCACCAACGGCGACCGUGUGGCCGGACAAGUGCUUUUGGAAGUGGCCAAAGAGUGCAAAGUGGAGUCGCUGUACGUGACAUUUAAGGGCAAAGCCGAGGUGUUGUGGACCGAGAGACACGGCCAAACGACUGUGACGUACCACUCCAAGGACAAGUACUUCAGCAUCAAACAUUACUUUAUUCGAGACGGAAACGCCACUGGAGAGCGCUUAAAAGUUUCCGCCUCCGUUCAGAACAACUCCACUCGUGAAAUCAAACCCAAGUACUGCAUCUACAGAAAGCACAGCUUCUUCGCAAGGGGAAAGAGGAGGCUUGAUACUAAAGACCUCUUCAAAGAGGUGGGAGAGCCGAUCCCUCCAUCAGCCAGCGUAUCAGUCCAAAGGGUCCUGACAAUCCCCCGUGAUGUGGAACCUUCCAUCCUCAACUGUCAAAUACUCAAAGCAGAGUACAGACUCCGAGUUUAUUUGGAUAUAAAGUACGCUUCAGACCCAAAGAUCAAAUUUCCCAUAACCAUUCUUGCGGCCGCCACGGCGACAAGCCUGCCGUCGGCGUCUGGCGGAGUUGAAUUUGGAUCGUUUGGAUGCCAGAACCCGCCAGCCUGGGAUGGCUUUCCACCAACGCCGCCGCCGCCGCCGCCUUUCAAUUCCCCACCUCCCUAUGAAGCUUACGAAAUGUACCCAUCCUUGAUGGACUUUGGUGGUAAACAGUGAGCAGCGAUGACAUUUCUCCAGAUUUGGGGUACACUGCAGCUACAUAUCGCUUAUUACAAAUGUUAACCUAUUACAAUUCAUUAACGGGACUCUUCUCGAUAUUUUUGAGGUGUGUCAGAAAAGUUCCAGUGGUCUCAUUUAUCAACCGUGCGUAUGCAUUGAAUUUUGUGUCAUAAGUGUAUACAAAUAUUCCCAAAUUAGGAGAUUUACCAACUUGGACUUGUGCGUAGGAACAUGUGCAGCAUGAAAUCUAGAGCUUGAACAAUGAAACUGCAAAUAAUAAGCUAGCCCAUGCCAAAAGAUCCUCAAGAUCAUCUUUUUAUUUAUUUAUUUCUAUUUAUUUUUUAUUAUUCCCGAGAUUGCUCGAUGAUAUAGUACAUCAUGUAUACUUGUUGUUGCUACUUUUGCCUUGUCCCAGUUAAAACUUUGUUUAAAAAAAUGUUGAUAUACGUAGAUGUAUGUAUAUAUGUCAUAACUAGCAGUUUUUUAAUUCCAGAUCUAUCCAUCUAUUUUCCUCCGUGUAUCUGGAGUCGCGUCGCGUCGCAGCUUAUUCAAAUUGACAUUUUCGUGUCAUUUUUAUGUGAGGUAUUGAAAACUUGACUUUGUCCUCGGAUGUUUGACAUGAGCCAUUAGGAGAAUUCCGGUCACACUGGGGGAAAGAAAAAAAACAACAACAACAAAAAAAAAGCACAAUUUUGAAAGUGGGAGUGCAGAGAGCUAAUCGCACACAUUAAAAAAGUCGCAAUGUUUGUGUUAUCGUAAUAAAUGUUCUUUCUUAUGUGGUUUUAUCACUGCAACUUUACUAUUGUAUCAUUUUUUUUUUUUACAAUCUCUUUUUAGUAAUACAGUAAUAGUAUUUACCAAAGGAACCCAUGAUUUCUAUAUUUCAAAGUAAUACAUUUAAGCUAAAUGUACUGUUAACGUUUCUCCUAUGGUGAAUCAAUAAUUUAAUACUGGGUUCCGAAGACAUAAGAUGCUGUAAACUGAUACUUAUAUCAUUAGUUUAUAUACAAUAUGUCAUUUCUUGGGCAAUAUCAUUAUUUGUAAAUUAGUUUCUACCUCUUGUCUCAAAAUAAAAAGUAACUGUACACUAGACUAUA